GCUGAUAGAUAUAACAUGCCCUCACAGAAACUUGCCCCUGGAGUCAGCCAGUUUGCCUACACCUGUGUACAAGACCACCCCAUUUGGACAAAUCAGCAGUUUUGGGAGACAACUUUUUACAAUGCAGUACAGGAGCAGGUUCGCUCCCUGUAUCUCUCAGCAAAGGAAGACAAUCAUGCCCCACAUCUGAAGCAGAAGCUUCCCAAUGGCCAAUAUCAAGAGAAGACAGCAAUGGACUUGGCAGCUGAGCAGCUUCGCCUUUGGCCCACUCUGAGCAAGUCAACUCAGCAGGAGCUGGUUCAGCAUGAGGAAAGCACUGUCUUCAGUCAGGCCAUUCACUUUGCAAACCUUAUGGUUAACCUGCUAGUUCCACUAGACACAAGUAAAAACAAGCUCCUUCGAGCAUCAGCCCCAGGAGACUGGGAAAGUGGGAGCAACAGCAUUGUCACAAACAGUAUUGCAGGAAGUGUAGCUGAGAGCUAUGAUACAGAGAGUGGGUUUGAAGAUUCAGAAAAUAAUGAUGUUGCCAACUCCGUUGUAAGGUUCAUUGCCCGAUUUAUUGACAAGGUUUGUACAGAGAGUGGAGUGACUCAGGACCACAUCAGGAGUCUCCACUGCAUGAUACCAGGAAUUGUAGCUAUGCACAUUGAGACCCUAGAGGCAGUACAUCGAGAGAGUAGAAGACUUCCACCUAUCCAGAAGCCCAAGAUUCUUCGACCAGCUCUACUGCCAGGAGAAGAAAUUGUAUGUGAAGGUCUCCGAGUCCUACUGGAUCCUGAUGGUCGAGAAGAAGCCACUGGAGGUCUCCUCGGAGGUCCUCAGCUCCUGCCUGCAGAAGGGGCCUUGUUCCUUACUACAUACAGAAUUCUCUUCAGAGGGACACCACAUGACCAGCUAGUUGGUGAACAGACUGUUGUGCGGAGCUUUCCCAUUGCCUCCAUCACCAAGGAGAAGAAGAUAACCAUGCAGAACCAGCUACAGCAGAACAUGCAAGAAGGGCUGCAGAUUACAUCAGCAUCUUUCCAGUUGAUUAAAGUAGCAUUUGAUGAAGAAGUCAGUCCAGAAGUGGUAGACAUCUUUAAGAAACAGCUAAUGAAGUUCCGUUAUCCUCAGUCCAUUUUUAGUACUUUUGCUUUUGCUGCUGGACAAACUACCCCACAAAUCAUUUUACCCAAGCAGAAAGAAAAGAACACCUCCUUUCGAACUUUCUCAAAAACAAUUGUGAAAGGUGCCAAAAGGGCAGGAAAAAUGACAAUUGGGAGGCAGUAUUUAUUGAAGAAGAGAACAGGAACAAUUGUGGAGGAGAGAGUAAAUCGUCCUGGGUGGAAUGAAGAAGAUGACAUUUCUGUUUCAGAUGAUAGUGAACUCCCAACAAGUACAACCCUGAAGGCCUCAGAGAAAUCCACAAUGGAACAGUUGGUGGAAAAAGCAUGUUUCAGAGAUUAUCAGCGCUUAGGUUUGGGAACCAUAAGUGGCACCUCCUCCCGUUCAAAACCGGAGUAUUUCCGAAUCACUGCCUCCAAUAGGCUGUAUUCACUGUGCAGGAGCUACCCUGGCCUUUUAGUCAUACCUCAAGCUGUACAAGACAGUAGUUUACUAAGAGUAGCCCGCUGCUAUCGACACAAUCGCCUACCCGUCGUAUGUUGGAAGAACUCAAGAAGUGGUACUCUGCUCCUCCGAUCUGGGGGAUUCCAUGGGAAGGGAGUUGUUGGUCUUUUCAAAUCACAGAACUCCCCUCAAGCCGUUUCUACCUCCUCUUUAGAAUCUUCCAGUAGCAUAGAACAAGAAAAGUACUUGCAAGCCUUAUUGACUGCAGUUACUGUCCAUCAGAAACUCAGAGGCAACAAUACCCUGACUGUCAGACCAGCACUUGCUCUGUCCCCAGGCGUAUGGGCAAGUCUUCGUUCCAGCACCCGUUUGAUCAGCAGUCCAACAUCCUUCAUUGAUGUUGGUGCCAGGCUGGCAGGCAAGGAUCACUCAACCUCCUUCAGUAACAGCACCUACCUACAAAACCAGCUCUUGAAACGACAAGCCGCCCUUUAUAUAUUUGGUGAAAAGUCACAGCUAAGGAGCUUCAAGGUAGAAUUUGCUUUAAACUGUGAGUUUGUUCCUGUUGAAUUCCAUGAAAUCCGACAAGUGAAAGCCAGUUUUAAGAAGCUGAUGAGGGCUUGUAUCCCAAGCACCAUCCCUACAGACUCCGAAGUGACAUUCCUGAAGGCCCUGGGAGAUUCUGAGUGGUUCCCACAGCUUCACAGGGUACUGCAGCUGGCUCUGGUUGUAUCAGAGGUGCUGGAGAAUGGGUCUUCAGUUUUGGUGUGUUUAGAAGAAGGCUGGGACGUCACUACACAAGUAACAUCUCUGGUGCAGUUACUCAGUGAUCCCUUCUAUAGGACAAUUGAAGGCUUCCGGAUGUUGGUCGAAAAAGAAUGGCUCUCUUUUGGUCAUAAAUUCAGUCAGCGCAGCAGCCUGGCCCUUAACUCUCAGGGCAGUGGUUUUGCUCCCAUCUUCUUGCAAUUCUUAGACUGUGUGCACCAGGUUCACAACCAGUAUCCAACUGAGUUUGAAUUCAAUCUCUAUUACCUAAAGUUCUUGGCUUUCCAUUAUGUGUCUAACCGCUUUAAAACAUUUCUUCUGGAUUCAGACUAUGAAAGAUUAGAGCAUGGAACUUUAUUUGAUGAUAAAGGUGACAAGCAUGCCAAGAAAGGAGUUUGUAUUUGGGAAUGUAUUGACAAGAUGCACAAACGGAGUCCCAUUUUCUUCAAUUACUUAUAUUCACCAGUGGAAAUAGAGGCCCUGAAACCUAAUGUUAAUGUCUCCAGCCUCAAGAAGUGGGAUUACUACACAGAGGAGACUCUGUCUGCAGGUCCUUCAUACGACUGGGUGAUGCUGACCCCCAAGCAUAUUCCCUCCGAGGAGUCGGAAAUAGCUGGAGGAGCUGGACCCCAGAGUCAAAGGAGAACAGUGUGGCCAUGCUAUGACGACAUCAGCUGCAGCCAGCCAGAUGCCCUCACCAGACUUUUCAGUGAAAUUGAAAAAUUGGAGCAUAAAUUGAACCAAACUCCUGAGAAAUGGCACCAGCUAUGGGAAAAAGUAACCAUGGACCUGAAGGAUGAGCCAAGAACAGACCAUACCCAAAGUCACUCAUCGGGGUCCCCAGGUCUUGUGUCCACCAAUGUGCCUUCCUAUCAGAAGAGGCCUGUGCUCCACCCACUGGACCGCAGCACUGUCGAGGACCAGAGUGCCACCAUCGCCCCAUCCAAUGGUGUAGAGCACAGGGCAGCCACGCUUUACAGCCAGUACACAUCAAAGAACGAUGACAACAGAUCCUUUGAAGGAACGCUGUACAAAAGAGGAGCACUGCUGAAGGGCUGGAAGCCCCGCUGGUUUGUUUUAGAUGUAACAAAACAUCAGCUUCGAUACUAUGAUUCGGGAGAAGACACAAGCUGUAAAGGACAUAUUGAUCUGGCUGAAGUAGAAAUGGUUCUCCCUGCUGGACCCAGCAUGGGAGCCCCAAAGUAUACAAGUGACAAGGCUUUCUUUGAUCUCAAGACCAGCAAACGUGUGUAUAACUUCUGUGCCCAGGAUGGACAGAGUGCCCAGCAAUGGAUGGACAGGAUCCAGAGCUGCAUCUCUGAUGUCUGAUGACCAUGAUUGGCCAAGCACAUGAGCAGAGGAACAUCUGCCAGACAGGAGUGCACAGUGGUCAUCCCAGGGUCUGAGGUUCUGCUUAUCCUGGCCCCUCUUGAAGCAGUUGCCUUGUCACACAGGUCUGGGUAGGAGCCCAGACCCCCCUCAUGGCAUCAUUCCAACAGGAUUUAAGCGAUUGGGGGAUCAGAGAGAAAGCUCCCAUACCUGCUGCCAUCAUCUCCUAGGCAAGGUAGCUACCACCUGAGCCUUCGUGAAGGUUCUUUUUGUUCUCCAAGGCCAUAGUUUCCUUCGAGAACUUUGACAACAAAAAUCCAUACCCUCAAAAGGUCAUCGUCUGUCUUACAUAUGUUUCCCAUCUGUAACACCUACUUUUAUGCCUGACCUUUGCUCGGUUCUCUGGUGCUGCCAAAAAGGUGCUUUCAUGGUCCCCACCCUGCCAUGGAGCAUCACAGCAGGAGACAUCACUACUCUACUUGGUGGCAGGCAAAAGGGAGUGCCCAGGGUUCUCAUGGGGAAAGCAACAGUGACACAAUAAGACAUGGGCCAGUGCAGGAAAACCACUGCCUCUAACCACUGGUCUCUGAGGACAUAGUGCCUGUGCCCACUCCUGUUCCUUGACAGCUUUCUGUGAAGUAACAAGCAGAAGUGAGACUCCAUAGAACACUGGCAUUGAGCUCCUAACCAAGAAGCAAGUUGGAGACUGAGGCCAGCUGCUUGCCAGCACACAUCUGGGACAAAGCCAGAUAACCAGACAGCACUGCUCCUGAGAAGUAAGAACUGCUCUAAAACACUCAAUUACAAUAGCCUUGUUUCUUUAGCCUAAAACUCAAGGCGCUGUUCACCUCCAUGAACCUGAGCAGCUGCUGGGCCCCUGGUGGCUUGAUUGAUGUGUUUGUUUUGAAAUGUUAAUAUGUUAAAUACCAAACUAAUAUUUCAAAAUAUGUAUAUAUGAUUUCUAUACCCUGAUUUUUCAGAUAGCUUGCUUAUAAUUUAAUAUAAAAAUAACUAAACUGAUUCAUAAGAUUUUAGUAUUAAAAGAUUGUUCCCUUUUUAAAGAAAACUACUUUGUAGAUUAAAAAUAAAUCAGAUUUUCAAAUUUAAAAUUAUCAACACACUAGAAAAUAGAAUUGUAUUAAUAUAUAAGAAAUUGGGAAAUAAAAAUGAAGGAAUUUUUUAUCACAUUCAUUUUAUAAAUUUGCCACCUGUGAAAAUGGUUUUUGCACAUUAUUUGUAUUUUUCUUUGUAUAUGAAAUAAUUUUUUGUACUUUGUAAACUAUGGAUCCCAUUGUACUUUAGCUCUUUGAGACUGUGCCCACUACUGCUUUUAUAACUGGAUCCUUUUAACUUUCAUGAAGGCAUAACAAAGCCUUGAGUCCACUAACCACCGGAAUUAAAUUUAUUUCUUAAGAAAAA